ACGCCUUUAGAGGCGCUGUGAGAAAGUAGCGCCGCUUUUUAAAUUCCUGCCUCGUCUUCGAGCGCUGGCGGAAAAUACAGCCGGAUACCGGAAGUCAUCCAGUUAGAGUAAACUGCGACUGAGGGAAAUCAGGACAUGGAUGAAGAGUUCACUCCAUUAGACUGCCUUCUGUCCACAGGAACCCAGAAGAUUUGCCUGGUUAUCCUGAAUCAGCCGCUGGACCCUCACUUCUUCCAUCUGCUCUGGAAUAAAGCCGUGAUCCGAGCAUGCGCAGAUGGCGGGGCCAACCAUCUUUACGAACUGACAGGGAGCCAAAAGGAAAGUUUUCUUCCAGAUUAUAUAAGUGGUGAUUUUGAUUCAAUUAUGCCCGAGGUCAAGACUUUCUAUUCAGAAAAGAAGUGCAAGCUGAUUGAAACCGCUGAUCAGGACCUGACAGAUUUCACUAAGUGUUUAGCCCUCAUGCUGGAGGAGAUCAAGAAGCGAAGAGUGCCGGUGGACACCAUCGUCACGCUGGGAGGCUUAGGAGGGAGAUUUGAUCAGAUCAUGGCUUCCAUAGAGACACUUUUUCACAUUCAGAAGAUGUCCGAGAUCCCAGUGGUGGUCAUCCAGGGUUCCUCUCUGGCCUGUCUGCUCCGAGAGGGCAGGAAGCACCAGCUGUAUGUGAACACAGGUUUGGAGGCAGAGUGGUGCGGUUUGAUCCCAGUGGGCGGCUCCUGCCUCACCAGCACCUCGGGGCUCAAGUGGAACCUGGAUAACCAGGUGCUGGAGUUCGGGAAGCUCGUCAGCACCUCAAACACAUACGAAGAGCUCGAUGCCGAAGACGAGAGAAAACCUGUGACCAUCAACACAGACAGACCUCUUCUAUGGACUAUGGGUAUUAAAAUGGUCAACAAAUAAACAAGUGGACAUACAUGUGCCUUAUAACCACGUUUUAAAUAAAAAGACAAAACACUUUUU